AUGCUGAUUUUGACCAUAGCCAAAGCAGCCAGUAGCGCCGAGGAAAUUCUUGAGAUAAUCGACAGAAAGUCGCUUUUGGAUCCUCUGGAGAAUAGGGGAGAGCGUCCUGAAUCAAUUCAAGGAGAAAUUGAGCUUGGUGCCAUCAACUUUGCUUACCCCUCCCGACCAGAUGUUCGAGUUCUCGAUAACUUCUCAUUGAAAGUUCCUGCGAAAACUACGAUUGCUCUGGUCGGUGCAUCGGGAUCUGGAAAGUCUACUAUCGUGGGCUUGAUGGAGCGUUGGUAUGAGCCGGAUUCGGGCACCAUCAAGAUUGACGGGCGAGAUAUUCGCGACCUUGACGUCCAAUGGCUUCGUACCCAGGUCAGGUUUGUCCAGCAAGAGCCCGUGCUCUUCAACACAACGAUUUAUCAAAAUGUACGACUCGGCCUCGUAGGUGCAGCAGAUCUUCCAGAGAAUGAGAUCGAAGCGAGGGUAGUAGAGGCCUGUCGAGACGCAAACGCAGAUAGCUUCAUCAGAAGCCUUCCCGAAGGAUAUCAGACUGUUGUUGGGGAGCGAGCCAGCAGGCUCUCAGGCGGUCAGAAGCAGCGAAUCGCCAUUGCCCGAAGCAUCAUAUCGAACCCCAAGAUCCUUCUCCUGGACGAAGCCACCAGCGCUCUAGACCCACAAGCGGAAGAUAUUGUUACAAGCGCCUUGAAUCGACUACAAGGCUCAAGGACCACAAUCGUCAUCGCACACAAACUCUCAACCGUCAAGAAUGCUGACAGGAUUGUCGUACUUGACCAAGGCGUCAUCAAGGAGCAAGGCACACACGCCGAACUCUUAGACCAAAAAGGCGUAUAUUAUCGUCUGGUGAUGGCACAAGAUCUGGGGAAUGACGACGAUUCCCUCGAGAAGAAAGAGGCUGAGAUCGUGGAUACGGAAACUACCCAAAGUCUGUCACGCAAAGAGUCCAAAGGCAUUGGGCAAGAACUUCUCGGACCAUCAGACGGACGCAGUCAUACAUUGGAUUACAAUCUGUUGAAGUGUUUCACCAUUUUCCUCAAGGAGCGCCGGGAUUGCUGGAUGAAUCUGUUCAUCAUCGCGGUAGCAUGCGUUAUUGGGGGUCUAACCUAUCCAGCGCUUGCUAUUCUGAUAAGCAGACUCAUCACCACCUUCCAACUGCAAGGAUCUCGGCUGACAGACCGCGGAGACUUCUACGCACUUAUGCUGUUUAUUGUGGCCAUAAUAAACGGUAUAUUGUACUUUGUUGCAGGUUACGUCUCAAAUGUCGUGUGCCAGAUUAUCUCGAGGCAGUAUCGCGAAGACAUGUUUAAAAACAUCAUCUACCAAGACAUGGACUACUUCGACCAACCCGAGAACGGUACUGGCGCCAUUGUAUCUCGCCUGUCCCAGGCGCCUGCUAAUCUGCUCGAGUUCAUUGGACUCAACUCUGCACUGCUUCUCAUUGUCUUGAUCAUGCUGGUAUCUUCUGCCAUCACUGCCACCAUCUUCGGAUGGAAGCUGGCGCUCGUUGCCGUCUUUACCAUCAUGGUGCCGGUAGUUGGCAUGGGAUAUUGCCGUCUCAGAAUGGAAAUUCGGCUCGAAGAAGCCACGGAAAGGCUCUUUUCCGACAGCGCAGCUACUGCUUCCGAGGCAGUCUCAGCAAUCCGGACUGUGGCCUCACUGGCACUAGAACAGCACAUAGUUGACCGGUAUCAAUCGCAGCUCAGGAACAUCACCAAGAGGUCCAGCAAGAUGUUGCUCACCGCGAACCUGUUUUUCGCUGUUGCUCAGGCUGUCGAGUUCGCUGCUAUGGCAUUGACAUUAUGGUACGGCGCACGUCUGAUGUCGUAUGGCGAGUACAGCACGAACCAGUUCUUCACCGUGUUCAUCGCAGUCGUAUUCGCUGCCGAAGGCUCGGUCCAGAUGAUUGCAUACAGCACAUCGCUCUCUAAAGCACGCGCUGGUGCGAAUGAGAUUCUCUGGCUUCGAUCGCAAAAUCCACGCAUAGGCAUGCACGACCGAUGCCGUCAGGUACUUGACAAUGAGAAGGGGCCAGGGGGCUCAGCGACUUUCGAACUGGAAAAGGUCGAAUUCGCGUACAGUACCCGACCUGAUAACACUAUCAUCAAGGGGUUGGACAUUGACAUCCACCCGGGCGAAUUUGUCGCAUUUGUUGGAGCAUCAGGAUGUGGUAAAUCGACUGUGGUGUCACUCUUGGAGCGAUUCUACGAGCCAUCUGCUGGAAGGAUCAAGCACCACGACAGAGAGCUCAGAGGAUACUGUCCUCGGAGGUACAGAGACGGCAUCGCGUACGUACAACAAGAGCCGAGUCUGUUCGAUACAAGUCUUCGCGACAACAUCCUCCUUGGAACAGUCGGCACGACUACGGCCGCUGAAGUCGAGGCUGCCUGCCGUCAAGCCAACAUCUGGGACUUUGUUUCCUCUCUACCUGAAGGUCUAGAGACCGGUUGCGGAGCUGGAGGUACACGCUUGUCCGGUGGCCAACGACAACGAAUCUCGAUUGCACGAGCACUCAUUCGCCAACCUCGAGUACUGUUGCUCGAUGAAGCAACGUCUGCAUUAGACACUAACUCUGAAAAGUACGUCCAAGCCUCGAUCGCCCAAGCAUCCGUUGGUCGUACUACGAUUGCGAUUGCUCAUCGACUCUCCACGAUCAAGGACGCAGACAGGAUCUUUGUUUUGGGCCAGGGGACUGUGGUCGAGCAAGGUACUCAUACUGACUUGAUCAAGCAAAAAGGCAUCUACUACAAAUUGUGCCAGUCGCAGUCGUUGUAG